CCUGAUCUGCUAUCCACUCCGCUUUUACACCAUCAGACCGUGAUCUGAGCCAGAGACAGGCCGUGAGCGAGCCGCCACAAGUUAAUUUCUGAGCGACGGCAAGCACUGCAGCUCGAGCUAGCAGCCAUGGCGACGCGCCUCCACUCGCCGUCGACGUCCCUUCCCCUGCUCCUGCUGCUGCCGCUGCUUCUCCUUGCAGCGGCGGCAAGCGCGCUUGAGGACUCUCCUGCUGAGACGAAGAACAUGAUGCCGAGGCUGGGCCGGAGUCUGCAGCAGCUGCCGAACCCGCUGCCUCAACCCAUGCCCCAACCAAACCCGAACCCACAGCCGCAGCCCCUGCCGCAACCAAAUCCAAACCCACAGCCACAGCCGUUGCCGCAGCCAAACCCGCAACCAGGGCUGAGCCCACCACAGCCCCUACCGCAGCCCCAGCCACAGCCUGGGCUCAACCCGCAGCCCCAGCCGCUGCCGCAACCAGACCCAGCAGCCCCACAGCCGCCCCAGCCCGUGCCGGUGCCACAGCCAGACCCAACCGUGCAGCCUCAGCCGGUGCCGCAGCCAGCAGACCCAGGCCUCCAGCAGCCGCAGCCAGGGACGACGACUCAGCCUGCUCCGAACCAACAAAACCCGCAGCCGCAGCCUGACCAGCUACUUCCCACUGGCGGAUCGUCAAGGAUGCUGAUGAAGAACCUGCAAGGCUUGGUAUACAUACUUCUGAGUCUUGCCAAUCUAGUAAUGUAACAAGUCUUUCUUUCUCUUCUUCUUACGCCUGUAUGUAAGUAUAUAGUCACGAGAUUGUGUGCUGAUAGAUUGCUUAGAUUCUUACGAGAGUGUAGUAGUAUAGGCUAGUACUGCGGAUGCCAUAUGUGGAUGUAGCUUUUUCUUGUACCAUGAUUGUGUGCCUCUCUGUACAUGCAUAUAUACAGUACCACUUGGUUUACAUGGA